UACUGUGCGCAUGUCACGGAGACUUUACGGUAUUGAAUUCCGUCUCUGUGCGCGCCGUGCCUGGCAGCAGGAGCUGAUGGCCUUCAGAUCCGUAGACGCCGACAGUGACGCGUGUGGAAGAUGGUAGAAAAAUCAACUCCCCCACAUAAUUCAGACGAUCUCCGUGACGAGUUCUGGUCUCACUGGGAACGAUUUUGAUUCAGUGACCGAGUUUUUAGUCGCGUUUGAAACCGCGUUACUUCCGUGCGAAUGCAAAGAGCCUAAGCAGAAAACAAUUUCGCAACCUAUUUUGCAUGCGGCGUGCAGGACGCAUGAAGGAUGGGAUAUAUUUUCCACCCAUGUCAGGUCUUCCAGCUACUGUGCAAUGCAUAGCCCACAUUUCUAGGGUUAAUUUGCGUGGUUUUCCUAUUGACUGAGGAGUGGCUGUUUUCAGCAACAUCCAUUUUCUCUGCAAUAUGUUUUGAGCGCCAAUCAAGGGGCUGAGAGAGCGACAGGAGUCGUCGGGGGGCACUGCGCUGCGCAGACGAGCGGCGGACCGUCUCGUCUCCUCCACUGCAACAAAACACACAAGACAGGGGGAGGAAAGAAGGCGGCGAAGGUCUAGGGUGGAAAUUUGGAGAUAUACGGCUUUAAAAUGACGAUGUCUGUCCCGGAGAGGAAAUCAGGAUCUGAGGGGAAGGAGGAGGAGAGCGAGGAUGAGAGUGAAAUCCUGGAGGAGAGCCCAUGCGGCCGCUGGCAGAAACGCAAGGAGCAGGUCAGCCAAGGUAAUGUCCCAGGUGUGGAGAGUGCCUCUCUGGCCAUGGACACAGAGGAGGGUGUGGAGGUGGUGUGGAAUGAGGUGCUCUUCAAUGACAAGAAGGUCUUCAAAGCACAGGAGGAGAAGAUCAAGGAGAUGUUUGAAAACCUGAUGCAAGUUGAACACCCCAACAUUGUCAAGUUCCACAAGUACUGGCUGGACAUGAAGGAGAGCCAGGCUCGGGUUAUAUUUAUCACCGAAUACAUGUCGUCGGGCAGCCUCAAGCAGUUCCUGAAGAAAACUAAGAAGAAUCACAAGACCAUGAAUGUGAAGGCCUGGAAGAGGUGGUGCACCCAGAUUCUCUCUGCUCUCAGUUACCUGCACUCUUGUGACCCACCGAUAAUCCAUGGCAACCUGACAUGCGACACCAUCUUCAUCCAGCACAACGGCCUCAUCAAGAUUGGCUCAGUGUGGCAUCGGCUGUUUGUUAAUGUGUUCCCAGAUGCUGGUGUCCAUAGUAAAGGAAGGCAACACCGCGAUGAACAGAGGAAUCUCCACUUCUUUGCUCCAGAAUAUGGAGCUGGUGCAGACGAUUAUGCCAUAGACAUUUUCUCUUUUGGCAUCUGUGCUCUAGAGAUGGCAGUUCUAGAGAUACAGGCCAAUGGUGAUACUGCUGUGUCCAAAGAGGCCAUUGUCAAUGCAGGUCAAUCUCUGGAAGACCCUCUCAUGAGGGAGUUCACCCAGUCUUGUUUGCGUCAUGAAGCCAAGCUCCGUCCUACCGCUCACGACCUUCUGUUCCACCGAGUCUUGUUUGAGGUUCACUCCCUCAAACUGCUCGCCGCCCACUGCCUCAUCAAUAACCAGUACCUGCUUCCAGAGAACUGUGUGGAGGAGAAAACCAAGUCCUUUGACCCCAACGCGGUCAUGGCAGAGAUCAGACAUGAGGGCAGACCAGGAGUUCAGCUUAAAUAUUCCCAUGUGUCCCCUCUGGAGCUUGACAAGUUUCUGGAGGAUGUAAAGAAUGGGAUUUACCCCUUGAUGAACUUUGCCUCGACUCGACCUCAGCCUGUCCCUCGUGCCCUGUCUUUGUCUCAGGAACAGGUGGAGACGGUCAAGACACCAACUCCUGAACCGCAGGAGAUGGAAACAAGGAGGGUUGUUCAGAUACACUGCAAUUUGGAGUCGAAUGAAGAAGGGACAAAAACUCAUCUCUCUUUGUUUCUGAAGAUGGAUGAUAAACUUCAUAGGCAACUUAGCUGUGACAUCCUUCCAACUGACACUUCCAAAGAUCUUGCCAAUGAACUUGUUCACUACGCCUUCAUAAAUGAGGAAGACAGUGAGAAGGUGGCGGGGUUCUUGGAGGACGCCAUCAGCCGACACCGGGUCCGAACGCUCACCUCCGGGAGCACAUUGUGAAGAGGAGUUACGACAGCACGCUGGCCCAGAUAGAGGGGCCCAGGAUGUUGACCACAAGGAUUGAGAAAAGUACAGGGCAACAGGCAGGAUCUCACAGCCAGGAACAGAAGGAGUGGAGGGAGCUGACCCAGCUGGGGAUAAAACGGGGACAAACACAGACUUGACAGUCAGUAAAUCAUCCCAGAGACAAGAAGAAAUCGUCAGCACUGAGAGAGGUACCGACAGCACCUCUGGUUGGAGGACCAGAGGCAUCACGGUUGUGUUCUGCAAUCCCACAGAACAGUGGAAGAUUGACAAACUCCCUGCCUGAAAGGCCCAUCAUGCCUUAGGAUGUCUUGACAACUUAGGUUUUCCAUAAUGCCACUAAUCAAAACAAAUACGUUUUACUUACAACUGCAGAUGUUUUAUUGCCUUGUUUGCACUCCAUUGCCCACUUUGGCUUUGUUGAAGCUUUACUUUGAAAUGUAAACAAAGCUAUUUAGCUCCCUCACAAGCCAGAACCUUCAGUUUAUUACUUUUUUUGGGAAGUUAAUAUUUCAUCUAGCAUGCACUGUUAAUACUUGAUUCAGUUGACUUAUUUAUUUCAGUUUAACUGUGAACAGUAGAAUCACUGCACACUGUGCUUUUUUUGCUUAAUUUUUAUUACCUGCAAAACAACACCCUUCACUGCCCUCCUGGGUUAAAGGCUAUUUCUCUGAGUCUAAUGAUGAGCAACGAAAUGAUGCCUCUAUUUUAGACUGUAGUGCUCUAAGGGUUUUCCCCAUGAAAGAGUUCUGAAAGCCAAAGACCUGCAAAGUGCCUGAUAUGGCAAUGAAUAAAAUUUUUUCAGGAAAUAGCUUUGAACCCAGGGGCACCCAUUCCAGCAUAAAUCAUUCAAGGCUGACCUCGACAGUACUAAAAUCAGCUGCAGUGAUUCAGGUGAGCAGCCAUCUCUUAUCAGGAGUCCACCAAGUCAGUCUGUGUGAACGUGAAGAUUAAGUUGACACAUGACAAUGGCAGCUCCAAUAAUAGCAGCUGCUCUUGUUCAGUGGACAUGUGGAUCAGAUGAUAAUCCUCUCUGCUGCAAUCAAAAAAGUAAUUAGAAUGCAUCAUGGGAAGCUUGUGAUUUAAAAACAUUGUCCUAUGUAAAUAGGAUAAAGGGUGUUAGUAAUGUGAUCUUGAGACUUGCUAUUAGAUUUGCUAUAUUGUCAGUAAAUAUUAGUGCAUACUUUGCUGUAUUUCCCAAACCAUCUGAGAAUCUUCUCUAAUUGAAUUUGUUUUGUAAAUGUUUCUUGAGGUGUUUUAAGGGGGAAAAAAAAUCCACUCAGCAUAUAUUUAAAAAAAUUUGGUUUUAAUAUUUGUGACAUGUAUGAAAUGAGAAAUAUUGCCAACCUUUAUUUCAAUGGGUUAUGGAGGAUAAACGGUUAUGGAGUCUUGGCUGUGUAUAGGACUACCAUUGGAGUUUACAGAACUGGGCUGUGACAAAACAAAAAAGUGAAUUGCCUGGUCAGUCUUCAGCAGUGUACUCCUGUUUGUCCCAUUCACUUAGCUCUGCUUUAUUUGUUGCCUGGGUCUGUAAGGUUGUACUCAACACUGCUGUACAGUCAUUGCUCACAGUACUUAUCUACUAUUCUCUGUGUUAAUCCUUCUUAUCAGUGGGACAUUGAAGACAGGAGCCCUAAAUCCUCCCAGACCGUUGUGUACAUAUUUGUUUGUGGCUGUUAAAAGGGUUUUCAUAGGACAAACUUUCAAUGCAAAGUAGUGCCACUAUUGCUCUUGUUUGAUCUAGUAAGGCUGCAUGUCUUAAUAGCCUGGAACCAUUCAAAACUUUGCAUUUUGUUUUUGUCAGUCACAGUACAGUUCCAGAGGGAAUUUGACCGAGAAAAUGAAUGUUUAGACGGGGCAUACAUGACAAAAAAACAAAAAAAGAAGUCCACACGUCAGUCUUAUUUUACAUCAGAUGAUUAUUUUCCCAUGACUGUUGAAAGAAACGUGUCUUGGAAUGUGUUCUCCUUAAACCUUAGUUAAACAUUGUAUCUAUUGCCGUUAACUACAUGACAAUAAAUAUGUAGAAUGUUUGUCUGAAAUUACAGUUGAUUGAUUUAUAACAUUAGAAUUUUCUGAGGUAACUAUUCUUAGACAUAGCCCAGUGUGUAUUGAGGAGGCUUUU